AUGACUCAACCUCUCGUUUUCACAGCAUUCCUCGUUGAUUUAUGCUUUUGCCAGAUAUUCCAAGAAGUUCCGGUGAGUAUUUAGAAAAUUGAUCGAUCGGAUGAUCUAGAUCAGUUUCAGAUAGGCAUCGGAAUGCCAAUGAUGAUGCCGAUGCAGUAUCAAUUCAUUGCGAAUCCGUUCGACCAGGGAUUUGAUAUCGUGAGUUCUAUCAUUCGGACGACGAUUAUGAUAGUGCUGCGUUCAGGAGUAUUCUCCGAUAACUCAAUUAGUUUCUUCCGUUGCUCAUCUUGUUGAAAUGCAUCAGAAACACAAAGAACGAGCGGAAGACCGCUCGGAAGGCCAUCAGAACUUGCUGCCAGAAAUGUUCAAUCUGGAAUCGAUUCGAGGAAGACCGGGAGUGGCCGGGGGACCUCGAUUCAACCUGAUCCCUUUCACACAGGACGGCCUCCUUCCGUCGUCCUCCCAGGGAACGUCUUCCACUUCGAAAUUAAUCAACUCUAUUCCAAGUGAGUUUGAGAGACAAGCGUCUGAAUACAAAAACAGACUGAAGUUCAUGCAGACGAAAACAUCCCUCCCGUGAUGUGGCGCAUUGGAGACCUUCUUCGACGGAACGAUCUGAAACAGAAGGAAAAUGUGUACGACACGUCCAAAAUCAAAGGAUUCCCUAUUGUCAAAGUGAGAAAAGAUGAAGUUGAUCCAUCACUAGGAAUACUUUAGAAUUCGGAAGAUGUUCCAUUGUUUCGAGAUUCGGAGGAGAGCGUGUCAACGCCAAAGUCGAACAAAUCCUGGACGAUUCUGGAGAUUGCUCGCAAGAUUCUCGGCGUCGAUGAAAUUCCGACGGCAAGCGAAGGAAACGCUGUUGCCCAGUUGCUGGAAGAGCUGCGAAAAGACAAAGGAGCGUGA